AUGCUUGGCUUAUGUUUGUUUGGUGAUGAUCUUGUUUCCUUACAAGAUGGAUCGUUAAAACAGAUGAAAGAUUUACGCAGUGGUGACAAGGUUUAUUCAGUUGACAAGCAAGGUCAAAUUGUGAAAGAUGAAAUAAUUAUGAUGCUACACGGAGGAGCAAAAACAGAAGCUCCCUUCUACACCGUGACAAUUUCAUCCAAUCGAAGUGUUAGUUUAACCGGUGAUCAUCUGAUCAUAACCUAUAACAAGCAAAAAAAACGUUCACACUUCGUUGCUGCAAAUGAACUCAAGGUCAAUGAUUACAUUUUGAUGGGUGCAAGCCACUCUGAAAAUCUACAACCGCAACUGAUUACAUCAAUUGAAGUCCUUUACAAAACCGGUUUUUAUACUCCAAUGACCUACACCGGCACCCUUCUCGUCAAUGAACUUGCCGUCUCAUGCUAUGUCAAACAUGAAAAUAUGUAUGGUGAAAUGCAUGCCUUACUCUAUCCGUUUCGUCUCUACUAUUAUCUCGUGAAAGAUGUCCUGCAACUCAGCGAAGAACCGUUCCCCUUUGCAAUGCGAGUUGGUACCGAAAAUGAAGGUGAAUUUUACGGUACACAGUUAAUCCGGAGUUUACAUCAGUCGAAAAAGACAAUUAAAUACCUUGUACAGAAUUUGCUUUUACAUACAUUUUUAAAUAUUUGA